AUGUCAAGUGAUGACGAAGCUGAGGAAGGCCGUUACAUUGUAGAAUCGAUCAUCGCUCAUGACACAUUCGACAAUUUGGUAAAACGAGCUGCUCGUGGUGAACUUGUUUUUGCUCCGGAUACUCUUGGAGAGAAAACGCAUUCAAAAUAUGGUUUCUUGGUAGGUUAUUAAGUACAUCAAAAAUGGUAUUCACAAUCAGUCGAAAAAUUUGCAGGUUCAUUGGAAAGGAUACAAUAUAUUCGAGAGAACGUGGGAGCCCGAAUCGAAUCUUUUGAAAAACGAUCAACUUAAAAAGUAUAAAGAUAAUAUUGGAAUGACACAUACAGAAGGAGUUGACGUGAAAUAUCACAAAUCUUACGACCUGGAGAUUGUGUUGAAAGUUGAUAUUAACAACGUAGAUCUAACUGCCAAAAACAAAGCAAAAUCCGACGAGUUGAAAGAAAAGGAGAAAAACAUCGCUGAUAGGAGAACCCCUGUUAUUGAAAUCAUCGACUCAGUUCCCGAUUUGGAAAGCACUUUUGAAAAGGAAAAGAAGAAAUCUGGAAAGUUAGAUAGGCUGGAAUUGUCAGAGGAUUCCGAUGAUAGUCAAGUUCCACCGGAAAAUUCAAAGAAAAAUCAGAGACGUAUACUCGGAUCAUCUUCUGAUUCUGAUGGCUCUUCUGGAUCUUCGCCACGCGAGUCAAUCUAUGCGAUCGAUAAAGAGCUUGAAGAUAAUCAAAAACAACAGUUGGAAUUGGAAUUAGCUUAUAAAAAAUUACAAGAAGAGGACAAUGAAAUUGUUUUGUCAAGCGAUGACGAAGAAGAAAUUGAUGUUGUGUCUUGUUGCAGCGCCGAAGAACGAGCUCCUAGGCAGCCGAUUCGUGGAAUCUCUGGAUUUACACAAUAUUCGGCUAGUUUGAGAUUGUCUAAAGGCAGAAGAGCUAAGUCUCUUGAAAUGCUGAAUGAACGAUUCACUAAAAAUACUGAACUCGAGAUUAUGAAUCGCACUCAUUUUAUGAUCGAUGAUUGUUGCGGGUAAAUAAUUAUUUACACUUUAAAUAUCAGUAAAAUGAUCUUCGUAAAAGAUCCAAUUUUUCUAGUGAAACAAGGAAAUUUUUUGGGGUUUCCACGAAAAUUCACAAUUUAUUCAAUUUUUCAAAAAAAAAUUUGUCCACCGAUUUCUUUGUUUGAAUAUUUUAAAAUUUCAGGGAAAAUGAGCCGCGAGCAAAACGAAAAAUCGUCGACGAGUUGGAUCAAUCUUAUGAAAAAAAGUUGAUCAAGGAUAACAAGGAGGCUGUCAGAAAGUUUUUGCGGAAUGUUAUUUCAAACCUGAAUGACACGUUUUUAAAAAAUAUCGACUACCUCGUGAAACGAUACACCAAAGACCAUUUCGAAGAAGCAUGCGGUGUUCUCCAACAAAUUGUAGAGCAUGAUUCUCACUUGGCAUUCACCAUUAUUCAGGCACUUAUUUUAUGUUGUAAAAGGGUUUCCACAUUCAAGGCUCGGAAAUUUUGGUUGCACAGAGUGAACAAGUUGGGAAAGUAUGUUCGAAUUUUUAAUUGGAAGUAAACAAACACUGAUUUUCUAGGUCGAGACACUUGGAAUUCAUGCAAUCCGAUCUUGACUAUAUUCCUGGAAUUGGAACUUUGCCGGAAAGUUGCUCAGAUGACCAUUCGAAGUGUACAUGGCUUGGAACAUUUUUGGCUAUUCUUCCAAUCGAUUUAAGAUUCGCAGACACCACUGGGAUUGAAGUUUUGCCAGGUGACGAUUUGUCGAGUAAUCUGAAGCAAGAAGUGAACAAUGGCCCGUUCAGAGAUGAUAUGUUUUUGAGUUGUAUGGAACUUGGCGCAGAUUGUCAAAAAUUAAAAUUUUUACAGUUUGGUGAGUUCGAAAUUCAAAAUGAAAAUCUAAGAUUUCAAUCAUGACCGUUUUCAGGCUAUCCACUUGGUGUCUCGGAGACUGUCUAUUUGAAAUACAAUGCUGAUCAUGUUCAUUUCGUGUUCUGUCAAGGCACAAGUUUGAAAAGAGUUCAGCAAUUCAUCCAAUGUGGUUUCGAUGUCAAUCCAAUUGCUUAUGAAAGUCAAUCUCUCGAAAUCCUCAAUUUGAAUGAAUGGAUCAGAUAUUUUUGGAAUGAAGUUCAAGAAAGAACUGAAGAGAACAAUAUUGAUCCUGUUAUGAAGAAAUAUUAUGAAGAAUUACCAAAAAUGAUACAAAAUAUUUCGGAAAGAAUCGAUCGAAUGACACUCGUCGAACAUGACAGACAUUUUUUGUUCUCAGACAGCGAAAUAAAUUCCAUUAUUCCAAUCACCAGUCAACACAUUCUUCAUUGUAGUUCACAGCAAAAUAUUGAAUCUAAUGACGGUGAAAAUCAAGUCAACACGUGUGUUUUCUCUGAACAAGGAUGUUUUCAUUCUAAUGGAUUAUCAGACGAUAAAGAUAGCCUUUAUGGAGAAGAAUUGAAAUGCGCCGAAGAAUUGGAUCGCCUUCGAGAAGAAGUUCGAAAUGGAAGAGGUCGAUUUGUUUUGACAGUAUAUCGAGUGAAUAUUGAUGUUAAAAUGGAGGAUGAAAAUUGUGGAACAGUUUUAUUGCCUCAUAUCGAAUUUGAGAAAGAUGAUAAAGGAUUUAAGAUUAGAACAACGCGGUAGGUUUGCAAAAUUAAAACAGAAACAAAUUUAUAUUCACUUUUUAAUAUUGAAUUUUUCAGUAUUGUGCCACGCUAUCCGGAUGACCCAAAGGACAACCCUAUCACAAUGUCCGAAUUGCACGCUUCACCAGGUCAACGAAUCUACACCUUUGAUGAUCACGAAGCCCAAUUGACGAAGUUGAAACCCGGGUUAGCUCAUAUCGAAUUGGACGGCCAAUUCGACACCGGUAUGAGUUUUAUUGUUCAAAUUCUAUUCAUUGGUCACGAUUGA